CCCGUGCGCGGCACGCGCGCCUCUUCUACGAAAGCCAGAUACCGAGAGACGGCCGCGUAAAUAGGUCGCUGGAUGCGCGCACGAGACGCCGGACGGCGGAUCGCGACGGUAAACAGCAGACUGGAAGGAACGACAGUCGAACAACGUCCGUGCGCCGGAACAGUGUUCCUAAGGGAGAUACCAGCGAACCACUCGAAUAUCACAGAACAAAAUAGAAACAGUAUGCACGAUAUUGCAUCAUGAAUCGUCGACGAUGAGUUCGAUCCGAACGGCUCUGUUCGGGUUCGCGUUUGUCAGGGUUAAACGGCCGUGUAAAUACCGCGGUGAAAAGACACCUUAGCAAACAGGCCGCAGGAUGCACGGGACGGAUCGAGGGAGUAAAUAAUCGAGUUAAAAGGACGAUCGUUCGAUCCGAUCCAAGUGGUGGAGCAGUGAGGAUGUUUCGAACGGAAGAUCAUCCUGCGGAACGAUUAGAAAAAUAAAGGACGGGGGCGACGAGGGUUGUACGAAGCCGCGGAGGGAGGGAAAAGUACGAAUGUGCGGCGUGAAAAACUGCAUUACGAAUUGAGGACGAUCGGUUCGCUCGGCGCGACACAUUCGGAUUUAAAUACGUCCAAGUGAACGAUUAACUAAACAUUGCGGAUUAUAACGAUUUGUGUAUUGACCGUUAUUUCUUCGGCACGAUCCAAGUGACGAUUAACGUUAUCUUCGUCGACGCGUAAAGGGGAUGGUUUCGAUCGGUUCUAGACUCGAGCGAGUUGUUGACGAAUUUCAGGUCCCGGGAGCCGAAGAAAUCGAAAGAGAAAAACAUAAUCAAGUUUAAAAAGAGUAACUGUUCGUUUUAUCGAUAUAGGGAAAAGUGAUAUGAGACGAGCGUACCAGAAAGUUAUAGCUCGAGUCGAUAACAAGCGAGGGAUUCGGAUUAACAAAGGAGAGUUUCAUAGGUGCGUGGUCGCCGAGCCGAUUAGAGGCGGAAAAAACGAGAGCGAGAACGCCGUUGGAGGAAGAGGAAAAGCUUCGAGCAUCGAUCUUGUCCCCCGGUGCAGUUACCAUGACGCGGCUGGUCGGAUACGUCGAAUUGCAUGCAACGCGGAAUCGGCGGCUCGUGUGGCCCUGGAGACGCGAUCGGCGUAGCUAUAGUUAAUAGGCUGCUCCCGUGUCGCAGUCGACGGUUUGGACCGGUGGCCGCGGCCACCGAGGACAACGAUGACGACCAAGAGGACAAGGACGACGUCGUUGGGGACGACGAUGACGCCACGGGUGACGGAAUUACAAACGCUGGGUCUUCCCGACGGAAUGCGUCAGCCCGAUCGAACGCCACUCGAUGCACCCUUCCCUUACGUGCUCUUCCUGCGUUAAUUUGAUUCGAUAGAACGGCGGGAGGAGCGAGAAUAGAGAAGCGCAUAGAGAGAUACGACGGACGAGACGGAAGAUAAAUAAAUAGAAAAAAAAAAACAGAAACGAAAAGAAGAAGGGGCCAAUUUCGCGAUUCUUCCAAAUCACAAGAGACUACUUAGAACUCGAGCGUGCACUUGGGUAAAGAGUUUUGUCCGUGUUUAUAUCCGUCAGAAGCCCGCGCGCGGUGGUAUUUGCGCGCUAGCUGCGGGCUGAUAAGCAGAGAUGGACUGCUGCAACUACGUCGAGGCUUACGCGGGAGGGGGUCACUUUUAUCAGCAGCAACACUACUUCUGCUACGAUAACGCGAACGCUGUCUACGGCGGCUAUGAGUCGCCGCCGAUCUCCGCCGCGAUCGAGACUAACGCGCGGUAUAACGGAUCGAUGCCGCCUGCCUACCCCACAGAUUACGUGUACAAUCCGAAGGAGGCGAGGCUGCGGAAGGCGAUGCGCGAACAGAGUCGCGAGCUCUCGAGACGCUCGAUUCUUCAAAACGCGAUCGCUCGGGCAGGUGUGGUCGCUGGCCCGGUCGCGUCUUCCGGUUUCCUGGACCACCAGCAUCGUUUUGGCUGCGUGUCAACGCCGGGGUUACCCAUCAACGCCACCGUGGAGUCCGAUCGAGUCGUGGAGCCGUGGUUUCAAUCGGCGCAACGCCCAAAACCGAUCCACUCGCCGCGAAUGGCCGAUUGGUACGGCAACGUUGGCGAUCCGAUCGAGAGAUUGCAAGUCAUGGGCACGAUGCAUCAACGUGGAAUGGACAAGUGCAAGGACGUGAACAGAAAUCAGGUUGUAGCCAGCAUGGCCACUGCGGGGGCCGGGGAAUGUAACGCCGCGUUCUCCAACAGCGGAUAUCCGUCCGUUGAUUUUAGCGACGUCAAUCGGGAAAGGGAGUUACGCAGACAAGAAAAUAUCGCGGAGUACGCUGAAUUCACCGAUGGCCAGAAAUGGCAUCCUUAUCAAAACGGUGGAAGUUCUCAUCAGCAUCCCAGGACGUCUCAUCCUGCGCAGAUGGGUGGAAUCCUUCACCCGAGCGUUCAGAGUCAAAGUUCGCAUGGACAUGGACCAUGGGGCCAAUUUUGUCAUGGCGUAUUACCGCAUGUUCCGACUAUGCCACGAAGUAUGGGCGUUCGUGGACCACGACACACUGUUCUGUUACGAGAUCGUCUGCCUGGUAGACAUUGCGGAUUUCCCGAAGAAACAUCACGGUUGCAGUACGUUCCAAACAAACUUGAUGUAGAGAAUGUGAGGGCAUCAUACUCGUCUCCUGAGCACCAGAUGCCAAGACUACUCGAAUCAUCAGUCGAUUCGGUUGUGGAUUCUGCACCCUCGUUAAGGGCUCGUCGCGAGGAUGAGGGGCCUAGGUGGGAGCCAAGUUCCAUCAACAAUGGAAUCUCUAUGGAUAACUUAGCGCCGACAACGCAGCGGGAGUCCAGUGUGCCGCGCGAGAAGGAGCGCGAGCCGCGACGAUCCGUGGAGAGGUUCGAGCCAAAGAAGAAGACUGUCAGCAAGCCGUUGCCUGGGUUCCAUCAGGCGUUCGGCUCGACAGAAAUUGGCAGGUUCUCCAGAUCGGAGUUCUUCGUGAACAUGGUGGGCGAGAACGGUGGAAACGUGGAAGUCGCCGACACGGAAGGCACCAACGUAAGUACAGAUCGAAUGUCCGAGGUGAACGGGGCCGCAGUGACGACUGCGACGCAUGACACGGCUGCGGUCACUGCAACCGCAAUUACAACCGUGAGGACUUUCGACGCCGAUGAAAACGAGGAGGUAGGAUUCGACGACUCUAGCAACGAGCUCGUCGCUCCGACGUCUAUUGGCAUGUACUGCGGACAGCCAACCACCCCUCGUUGGCACAGUCCUCACGUAGGCGCUAUAGGUAGCGAAAUUUAAGCGGAUCUUUAACCCUUUCGUGGGCUCAAGUGUUUCCCGAUCGAAGUAUAAUUUCUAGACGUUUUCAGGAAUGUAAAUAUAAGGGUACUGGGUGCAACGCGGAUAUAGUUAACCUUCUAUAACCCAAAUCAUAUUUGACUUUUGAAACGCAAUAUACAAUAUGACCAGUGGCGGCUCGUCCGUAAGGGCUGGAAAACUGCAGCUCCUAAAAUAAUGGGUGAAAUAAAAUUAAAUGCCAAUCUAAAAUUGUUGUAUUAUUUUUUUUUAUUUGAUAAUUAGACUGUGGAUGUUUAUGCAUUUAUGGGGAACUUAAAUGAUCAAAAAACUGCAGAAUGCAUUUAAUAUGCAAGAAUAUAAGAAAUACUUAAAAUAAGAUGCGAAUUAUUAUAUUUAAGGGUUGAGGCAACCCUUUACAAAGCUCCCAUUUCAUUAAUUCUAUUGAUAAAAAUAUGAAUUUACAUAAGGAUCCACAGUAAAGGAGCAAAACUGAACACACAUAUGACAUUUUAACAAAAAUAAUUCUUUAUUCAAUAUUUACAUAUCAGAAUACAAAAAAGACAAAAUACUUAGUACUAUCUAGGAUCUUCUGGCUCUUCAAAACAAAUUUAGUAUUUGUGAUACCAUUAUUAUUUCGUUUCGUACAAUUUUUUUUCGUGUAGUCAGUUUUGCACCGCAACUAAUUUUGAGUAAACAUUUUGCAUUUUGGUACACUUAAUAUUUCGUUCAUAAACCUUUAACCUUGAUAAUUGCUUCAGUACGUUUAAACAUAUUUAAUACAACAUUUUUGUGAUACUCUGGUGUAAUAAAAUACAAUUGUUCUUGCACUUUAUGCCAUAAAUCAGUUAUCGUUGUUGAGAGAGCACUAUAUUUAUUUUCCAAUUUCAUUUUUAAGUAUGCCCAGACAUUUUCAAUCGAGUUUAUGCCUGGGUCUUGAGCAGGCCAUUCCAUGGUUUGAAAUAGUUGAGUUUGCAGCUAAUUCUUCAUGCUAUUCGCACAAUGCCUAGAAGCGUUGUCAUGUUGGAAUACAUCAUCACACUCUGGUACCAACAUAUUUUCAAUUGUUUCUAGUAAAUGUUUUUCUAAAAUAUACUUAUACGUAUACUGGUUCACUGUACCUUCUAUUCGAUAUACUGAACUUACAACAUAUGCAGUAAUACACCUCCACACUGUAAGUGAACCACCACCAAAUUUCAUUGUUUGUUUCACAUGACAAGGCAAAAGAGAUUCGUCUUGCUUUUACCAACACCAACAAUGUUCAUCCGAUAAAAUUAGAUUGAUUUUUGAUUCGUUGAAAAUAAUUACUUUUUUCCGUUGCUCCAUAUUCCAGCUUAAAUGUUUUCUUUGAAAAUUCAGUUGGGCCUUGACAUUCUUUUUUGAUAGGGCAGGCAUUUUUUCUUCUCAAUUGCUGUAAAAUUGGCUCCUUUAAAUGCUCUUCGAGCUGUCCACUUACUAGUUUCCUUUCCAACAUCGCUUUCUUAUAGCUUUGUAAUCAUUGAUGCUAUUGUUGCAAUUUCUGAAGUAAUGUAUCUUGUCAAUCUUCUCUUGUCCUGAUAAGAUAAUAAUUUUGCAUGGCCUCCAAAAAAUGCAGGGACUACAUUACAUUUUCUUUAUAUUUUAUGUAUAACUCCCUGACUAACAGCAAAUUUUCUAGUAAUUACUUGCGUUGAUAAACUCAAUUUUGAUUGGAAAAUAAUAUUAUUCUUCAUAUCUUUAGAUAAUGGUUUCAUGACGUUAUAUUGACGCGAUUCUAUUGCACCAGAAUAUUGCGAAAAUGUAGUAUUAAGUAUAUCUAAAUGUAUCGAAUUAUCAAGGUUAAAGGUUUAUAGACGAAAUAUUGAG